GGAUGUUGAUGUCUGCUUGACAAAAUGGGCAUCUUCAAGAAUAUUCUCUGGUACUUCCAGGCAGCGCCUUUGAAAAACACUGGAUCUUUGGCCCGUGAUCUUCUCGCAUCGGAACGCACUUUUCUGGCUUGGACUCGCACAGGCUUGGGUUUCAUCGCUCUUGGCGUCGCAUUGGAGAAAGUCGAAGUCCUCGCUGCUAUCGCGCCCUCGCUACUUCAAAUUCAAGACAGUAGAACCACUCUCGCCGCAGGGGUUCUCGUCGGGAGCGGAACCCUGUGCAUCGGGCAUGGCACACAGCGGUAUUUUAGCACUCUGAAGCAGCUUCAGGAGGGUUUCUUUCGGCCCAAUGUCCCUGGCAUUACAAUGGCUGCCGGCGCAAGCGUCGCCAUUGCCAUGGCAGGCGCCUUCAUCGUUCUAGAGAAGGAGGGUAAAAAGCAUAGAGUCAAGAGCACUGGCGAUGCGCGGUAG